CAGUACUGUUGUUUGCGUAGAUUAAUAACCCUUCCUCAAAAACUAAUCUCAAAGCUACUGCUUUUCCUGUUUAUUUAUCAGCAAUAGAAAUUAAAUCUUGAAUCCAUUAUUCGAACAUUUUUGUUUGCCCUGAUUUCAUCGAGGAACAUCUCAGAUUCACUAGUAUUUGUCCAUUUUUACAAAUUGAUUGCGGGAGCUUUGUAAGAUGUGGAGUUCAAUUGCGGAUUUGAAAGAGAAUUUGAAUAAGAUCACGCUGGGUGUGCUCGACGACGAAGACGAAGAACUCGAGAUCUAUGCUUCUGGGAAUAUAGAUCACUCGCCAUGCUCUGAAAGAAGGAAUUCUCAUAGGUUUGCGCAUUCAAAGCCCGUUUCCCUCUCUCCGGUCGCCAAUGGAACUGAUUCACCAAUUAAUUCUGAGAUUGAAAGAUACAGAGCUGAAAUCAAGAAGCUUCAGGAAUCCGAGUCUGAAAUUAAGGCUUUAUCAUUCAAUUAUGCUGCUUUGUUAAAAGAAAAAGAGGAACAAAUUUCCAGACUGAACCAAGAGAAUAGCUCAUUGAAACAAAAUUUGAAUGUGACAAAUGCAGCUCUGGGUGCAGCUAGAAGUGAAUAUUCCAAAGUAUCAAGUAAUGGAUUUAAUGCAUCCAAGGGAAAUGGUGAUCAGUCACCACACCAACUGCGUAAGUCGGCAAGUAUAGUAAAAAAUCGUCAUGGUGGAAACCAAUUGUCCAAUGGUGUAUCCUCCAAACAUGAUGGAAGAGAAAAGCUUGCAGAUAUGCUGGAAGAGAAAAAUAGGUCCCUGGAGGCAGUUCAAGCUAAUCAUGAAUUACAAAUAAAGCAAUUGAAUAUGGAACUUGAAAAGGAAUGUGAUAAACUAGGGAGUCUACAUAUGAGAUUGCAAGAGGAGCACAAGCAGAAUGAGUCUUUUCAGGAGGAGCUUAAGUUAAUGAAAUCAGAGAAGGAUAAAGCCUUCACUGAGCUGAGCAAACUACACAAUGAAUUGAAUGGAAAAAUAGUAGAAAUAAGACGUUUGCAAAUAGAGUUGAAUAGACAGGAGGAUGUAGGUGCAGAUGAUACAGUGAAUAAUUUGAAAAGAGUGAUUGCCGCCUUGGAGAAAGAAAACACCCGUCUAAAGAUGGAGAAGAUUGAACUAGAGGCUGCCCAGGAAAGUACCAGGAAAUCUUUGACUGGAAAGAUUGAUCCCAAUGCUUCAGAGACUCCGAAGGUAGAUUCAUCAGGAAGUUCUCCCCGAAUGAAAGAAAUGGAGCUAUCACUACAGAAAAUGGAAAAAGAUCUGGAAGAAACAUGUCAUGAAAGGGAUAAGGCUUUGCAAGAAUUGACUCGUCUUAAGCAACAUUUGUUAGAAAAGGAAUCUGAAGAAUCAGAAAAAAUGGAUGAAGAUAGUAAAAUUAUUGAAGAACUUCGUGAGAGCAAUGAAUAUCAGAGAGCUCAAAUUGCACGCUUGGAGAAAUCCCUGAAGCAAGCGAUGGCAGAUCUGGAGGAAGAUAAGAUGAUGAACAAAAAUGAAAUCCAAAAAUCUAGGGAAACCAUAGAUGAUCUGAAUAAGAAACUUGCAAACUGUAUAGGAACAAUAAAUGCAAAAAAUGUCGAACUGCUAAAUCUUCAAACUGCUCUUGGUCAGUACUAUGCUGAAAUUGAAGCAAAGGAACAUUUGGAGAGCGAUUUGGCUCUAGCAAGAGAAGAAGCAACUAGACUUUCUGGUCUUCUGAAAGCUGCAGAUAAGCAUGCAGAAUUAUCAAAGAAAGAAAAGGAAGAAAUUCUGGCAAAGCUUUCACAAACAGAAAGAGCAGUAGCAGAAGGGAAAGCAAGAGUAAACAAGCUUGAGGAAGAUAAUGGGAAACUAAGGCGUACUCUUGAGCAUAGCAUGACUAGGAUUAACAGAAUGUCUAUGGACUCUGAUUAUCUUGUUGACAGGCGUAUUGUGAUCAAACUACUUGUGACCUAUUUCCAGAGAAACCACAGCAAAGAGGUUUUGGAUCUUAUGGUUCGGAUGCUGGGGUUCUCAGAUGAAGACAAGCAGAGGAUAGGUAUUGCUCAACAAGGUACUGGAAAAGGUGUUGUUCGGGGUGUUUUGGGUCUACCUGGUCGCUUGGUUGGUGGCAUCUUGGGUGGAGGUUCGGCCGAUGUACAUGCAACUAUCACCCCUGACAAUCAGUCUAUUGCAGAUCUUUGGGUUGAUUUUCUGCUCAAGGAAACCGAGGAAAGAGAAAAGAGGGCAGAAGAUGCUAGUAAGUCCAGCAAAGAAUUACACGGGAGACCAAAUGCUGCAGGACCUACUUCAUCUGCUUCUGACCAAACAACUGGUGCUUCUGGUUUCUCUAGGCAUGGCCAAAACACAAGCCCUGUACCCUCGGUAGGAAAUUUUCGGCAGCUCGAGCAUUCUGAUUCCGAAUUCUCAACCGUUCCUCUCCCGACAUCAGAAGGUAGCGGUCGUCUAUCGAGACUACUACCAAAAUACUGAAGGGUUUCUUGUGUGAUGUAAUUAUUCAGAAGUAUAGUUUCUUUAUUGGAUGGUGUAUCCAUGAUGAAUUCACUUCAAAGUCUUCGACCAAUUCCUUCAUACGCUUGAAAUAAGAAGAAAUCCCUCCAUUGUUCUUGUUUA